AUGUUGAAAGCUUUUGCUGCAUUCGGUGGUGCAUGUGGUGUCUUACUCAUCGCAAACAAGGUCUACUUUUCUGGUGGAAAGUGCUAUGAAACAGGACGCUUAGACGGAAAGCUGGCUAUUGUCACGGGAGCUAACGGAGGCAUAGGAAAAGAAACGACAGCCGAGUUGGUUAGACGAGGGGCAAUUGUUAUCAUGGCCUGCCGAAACCUUGAGCGUGCAGAAGCCGCGAAGGUGGAUAUUGUCCAGCGAUAUGGAGAAGGUCAGCCAUCAGCUCUCACCACAAAUGUUGUUAACUCUCACAUGUUCGAUAUAUUAGUUAAUAAUGCUGGAAUUAUGGCCUGCCCGUAUGGUGAAACUAAGGAUGGCUUCGAAAUGCAGAUGGGGACAAAUCACCUAGGACCUUUCCUUCUAACUGAAUUGCUUCUACCACUGAUAAAGAGAGCCGGUCCUGGAUCAAGGAUAAUUUUUGUUUCUUCUAGGAGUGGUUUGGUGCCGUUGAAUGGGGAAAAGGCUGCAUACAGCCGUUUCAACAGUUACUGUCGUUCAAAACUGGCAAAUGUGAUGUACUCCAGUUAUCUGGCAAAGAGGUUAGAAACCGACGGUAUUAAAACAGCUAGUGUCCACCCAGGCGUGGUCCAGACGGAUCUAUUUAAACUUCCUGAAUCUAUGAAGACAAUCCUUCGAUUUGUCACAAGACCAUUCAUGAAGACCCCUUGGGAAGGCGCUCAGACAACUUUAUAUACAAUAUUAGUGCAAAAUUUGAAGUCGGGCGCAUAUUAUUCGGAUUGCGCUCUAAGUAACCCCUCACCUAUUGUGUUUGAUGAGAAGGCCACAGAAUGUCUCAUUGCUGCGUCGAGGAAAGCGGUUGGUUUGGACUAA